GGUUUCACACAAACUGUUUACAAGUCAUGCCUCUGUGUGUCUCCUGCCUAAGCUGAUAAAGCAUCUAUGCACUUUAAUCUGAAGUCUGUACCACUCUGCUAGAACAGUGUGAGCUGUGCCUUGAACCUUGGAUAUAAAGACUUACCAGCCAAAGUCUUGUUCCUGCCUUAGUAAUGUUCCAGAGGUUAAAUAACAUGCUCAUAGGAGAGAUUGCUAGCUUGUCCAGCCAAGAGCCAGAGUUCAGUGAGAAAGAAGACGACGAGUGGAUUCUGGUUGACUUUAUAGCAGAUACUUGCACUAAUUGCUCCGUGGAGGAAGCUGACAUUACUGAAGCAUCGGCCACGGAUGGCUCACCCGUCUUCUCUUGUUUAUCAUCUCCCUUGGAACACUUGCCGGAGGCCAGCGAGUCUUGCUUCAUCCAGUUUGAUUCAUGCCCUAUGGAGGAGAGCUGGUUUAUUACCCCUCCCCCGUGUUUCACUGCAGGUGGAUUAACCACUAUCAAAGUGGAAACCAGUCCGAUGGAGAACCUCCUAAUUGAGCAUCCCAGCAUGUCUGUGUAUGCUGUCCACAACACCUGUCACAGCCUUAAUGAGACUGGAUGUGGGGAUGAGGAGUUUCACAGCCCAGGUAGUCCCAGACUGGAGGCCCAAAAUGAAACGGGACAGCGUGUUCACUGCUAUGUCACGGCUCUUGCCACUCGUUCGACUUCUUUCCUGGAGAAAAACAAGAGCUUUCGUCCUACCCACUGGAUAAAAGAACAUAGUGAAAGACACUAUCUCAACAGAAACAGUCUCCGUCGCCAAAACCUUACCAGGGAUUGCCACUCUCGGCAGAUCAAGCACAAUGGACUGUUUGUUCACCAGCCUUGCCAGCGUCAGUUCAAUUACUGAUGGUUCUUGUGGUUUUAAUCUAGGGUAUAAUUGGUUUUUAGGUUGCUUUUGUUUUCAUGCAUAGGUAAGUGUGGUCAAUCUGAAGCUGAUCAUCAAUCCCUCCAACA